AUGAAUUAAAGUUUACUUCAUCUUAUCGAAAUAGCAAAAAAACAUCAAAAUAAGUUUGAUGAAUACUAUUUAGAAGAUAUGAUUAGAUCUUGUAGAUAGAAUGAAUAAAAUGAUCGUUACUUAAUUUUGUUUUUGAUUAAGAUUUGGUAAAAUAAUAAAGAAUUUUUGGGACAUAGAUUUAAGCAAUGGGUAUAGCAACAUAAAGAAUGUAAUUCAAAAGCGCCUCUUGAUUUAUUAAGAAAUGGUUAAGUUCAUGAAUGUAUCUAGAAGUUUGAAUAAAAUUUAUCCCGCAAUGCUUUCGAAGCGAUUAAAAAGCACAACUUUUUUCCAAAAAUUGAUUCAAUAUAAUAAGAAGAAAGUCUUAGAAGAGUAAAAGAAAACUUAAAGCAAUAUGAUGAUUCUAUAUUAAAUAAAAUCAAUAAAAUUUUAUUAGGUGAUAUAGAAUCGAUUUUAGAAGUAUCUAAAUCUGAUUGGAUCUCAUUUGUUAUGCUAUAUGUUUAGUUUUAUGAUUAUAGAAUUAAGCCUUAAGACAUGACAAAGAUGUUAAGAUAAUUAAAAUUCUCUAUUGAAGAAGAGAAUAAUCAUCUUGUGCAAUUAUUCGGAGAAAUUGUAUUAGCAUCAUAAAAUGUACACCUUAUUAAUUGUUUACUCAAAUAUGAUUUGCAUCUAACUUACUUUCUAUAUUUAUAUUUUGAAAAUAAAGAAAAGGAUUACCUUCGAUCAGAAUAUGAAAUAUAGGUACAAUAUUAAUAUUAUUAGAAUUUAGAAAAGUAAAUUUUAGUUGAUCAAGACCAUUCUUGAAGAUAUUCCAAAUGAUAUAACAUUUGAAAAUGAAAUCUUAUAUUUUUUUGAGGAAAUUACAAAUGUAAUGAAAGAUACUGAAUCUGAGUAGGAAUUUUAAGAUAUUUACAAAUCUAAAUUUUAAGGAAUAAUACUUUCUACAAACAAUUUUAGGAAAAGUAUGGAAUCUUCUAAUUUUAGUUAUGACCUUUGUUCAAAAUAUUGAAAAAUUCUCAUUAGGCACCUCUCCAGAUCUAUUACCUGAAGUCUUAUUAUAAAAACUUUUUAAUGAAAAUUCAUAACCACUGGAAGAAAAAUAAAAUGCCUUAUAUUUAAUAUUUGAAAAGUUCAAUUACUAAGACACAUUUCUACCAAUAAUUAAAUAAGUUAUAAACAAUCAUAUCAAUAAUCCAUACUUUGAUGAUAUAUUCAAAGAUUUCUUAAAUAAUUUUUCAUUUUAACACUACUAAGAAUGUUUAGUAUAAGAAUUAAUUAAGCUAUAAUUUAAAUUUGGAUUAAAAUUGUAUGAUCUACAAUUAACAAAUAACUUUGAAAAUCCUGAAUUUCUUAUAAUGAAUAUAUCUUAAGAAUUUAUAAGAAAUGUUGUGAAAUCUGACGACGCUUUUAAAUUGAAGAUGAAAAUAAUUUUAAGCAUUUUAUUAGACUAAUGUUUAAAUACAUAGGAUGAAAUGUUAAAUAAAAGAAUAAAUAUUAUUAGACUCUUAAUAAGAAGAUUGUGA